CAUUAAUGUUUGUCUCGGCCGAUGACAGCGCAGUGGUCCGUGACGGCUCAAUCGGGUCGACAAUCAGUAUGAAGUGUUGUGUGUUUAUUUGUGUUCUUUUGUUUUCGUGGGGUACACAGGCAGCUAAUAAAGAAUCAUGUGAAACGUGUGAACCAAUGGACAACUGUCCGUUCUUCAAGAACCUUUCUGAGGCGGACCAAGCCAACUGGCGGGAGAGAUAUGACUGUGAAGACGCUUCUAGUAAUACCAAACCUAUCUAUGGAUUUUCCUCAUCAGCUAAAGGAGAUCUGGUAUGCUGUCCCGAAAAUGUGUGGCAAGUGGAGAACCCAUCACCACAGCCUUCUUCUACCGAGCGACCCAAACAAAUCUCCAGUACAAGUACAACAGAACAGCCAGUGAAAAUGGAAAAAAAUAGUUUCCUUAACCAACCGAACUUCAAUUCACCGAUUUAUCCUGGUUAUCCAAACGGUUUUACUGGUAACCAGUUUAAUCCUGGUUUCCAAGGCUACCCCAAUACUGGUGGCCAGUACCCCAAUACUGGUGGCCAGUACCCCAAUACUGGUGCCCAGUACCCAAAUACUGGUGCCCAGUACCCAAAUUCUGGCGCCCAGUACCCAAAUUCUGGUGCCCAGUACCCAAAUACUGGUGGCCAGUACCCAAAUACUGGUGGCCAGUACACCAAUACCCCAUUACCCCAAUUUGGUAACCAAAGAUUGACUGGCAACCAGUUCGACAAUCCAGGGCCUAAUGGAAACGGCUACCAAGUUUAUGAGAAUGACAAUGAGCAUGGUGGUUUGAACGCUGGCAAUUUGGGCGGCCAGCAAGGUUUUGGCAAUGGGAACAGUGCUGGUAAUCAGUUAGGUAACCAAAACGGUAACCCUUACGAUAACGGAUUCGAAAUGCGCCGCGGGAAGGGUCCUGACAAUAACGCGAACGCGCAGAAUCCGUACUUUCUGCCGGCGAACAGGAAGGAUAAUUCUCUUACGGGAACAAACUUAGGUGGACAGUGUCCCGUAACGAGCUUCCCGCCGGAUCCCGACUCGGGAUGUUGCGGGCGGGAGGCGACGGACCCUGACAGCGACGCCGCUUCGGCAAAUGGGUACCCACAAUCAAACUGGGCGCCUCACAGGAACCAGCCAAGCCGGGGGUCUCGGCCUCUCUGGCCGCAGUCUGAUAGAGUCAAAAGGGAAGAUGUCAACAUUACAUUGGACAAUCGUAUUGCAGGUGGCAAAGAAACAGAGCUCGAACAGUUUCCAUGGACCGUUCUGCUGAAGACCAUAUUCGUGUACCCCGACAAGGAGGUUGCUUUCUCCUGUGGCGGCUCCCUCAUCAGCUCUCGCUACGUGCUCACAGCUGGACACUGUAUUGUUGAUAGCAAGGGCACCGUUAAAGACGUCGAGAUAUACCUAGCGGAGUACGACAAGCGGACCUUCCCUAAGGACUGUAAGAAUGUACUGGGGAAAGGACAAGUGUGUGUGGAAAACAUAGUGAUGCACGCGGAAAAUCUCCACUUACACCCUGAGUAUGACGACAACAGGCUUCACAAUGACAUCGCAUUGAUAAGACUUCGUGGCAAUGCGCCUUAUACCGACUACAUCCGCCCAAUCUGCCUGCCGCCCAUCAACGUAGACAGCCCAGAGCUGUCCAACUUGCGUCUCGCGGUCGCCGGCUGGGGACGCAACGGGCAGUACAAGUCGAACAUCAAACAAUCCACCGUCGUCAACUUGGUGCCUCAAAGCGACUGCAGGAGCGCUUACCCGGGCCUAACGAGGAUGCAGGUCUGCGCAGCCGGGUACACCGGGGAGGACACAUGCAAAGGCGACUCCGGAGGGCCGCUAAUGAUGAUGUACGCAGGGAGGUAUUUCGUAUCAGGGGUGGUCAGCGGGAAGAGGGCAGACGCGCCUUGCGGGACCUCCGUACCUUCUUUGUAUACCAAUGUCUACCAGUAUCUGCCCUGGAUUAGAAGUAUGAUGCAGAAGUGAUGUACUGAAUAAUUUAAUU